AUGACUAAUAUUUCUGCUGAAAGAGUAUAUUACGCUGAUACUUACUUAGAUAAAUUAGAAGUCCAGAUAUUAGAAAGAGGAAAAGAUGACAAUGGCAGUUAUGUGAUAUUCGAUAAAACUAUUUUCCAUCCACAAGGAGGUGGGCAACCCAGUGACGAAGGCUACUUAGAAAUAGCAGGUCGACGAUAUCCGGGGGAUAAAGUUAUCCAAGUAAUCGACUGGGCAAAACGACUUCUCUAUUCCCGCUUACAUUCGGCCGGUCAAUUAUUAAGCGAUACCGUUAACCAAAUCUAUCCUGCUUUAAAAGGUAUUCGAGCCAAUCAUUUUCCGGGCGGUCAAGCGUUUGUUAUUUUUGCGGGUGAAAUUCCGGCUGAUAUUGCAGCCAACAAAGAAAAAAUUCGUAACUUGGCUAAUGAACUAGUAAAAAGAAACGUUCCAAUAAAAGUUGAAUACCAUAACCAGUCCCGAAUUAUUAAAAUUAGUAAUUUUUUACCCCAUCCUUGUGGCGGAACGCAUAUCAGCACUACUUCCGAAAUUGGUGAAAUCAUUAUUCGUAAUAUCAAAAAAGAUAAAGAUAAUUUAAGGAUUGGUUAUGAUGUUAAGUAA